ACUCGGCCGCGCCUGUUUGCAGACACGACCAACCCAUUCAUCUCAUCUAUCCCCUUGCGACCAUGCGAUAAGCAGCAUGCGCCGUAUCGAUGCCACCAGGGUCGGAAUGGAUGGGGCCAGCCCUCCCACUAUUCAGGGAUUCAACCACCCAAGAUCCACAGAUUGUGCCCUAUGUGCCAGGUGCCUGGUCAGGUCCGAAUGGCCAAGGCGGUCCAGUAUCGUCCAGCCCGGCCGGGGUGCUUCCAGGGUCGCCGCAUGGCAGAGCCUGGACAUGUCCGUUGCCACUCCAUCCUGGCAUCGAUGGACAUGGCGGUUGCGUCUAUCCGGAACCUCGGGUCUUUUCUCGUGCUUCUGGAACCAUUUCCACUACCUCCACAAAAGCAGCCGCAAAAAACAUGUGCAAGUCGAAUCUGGUCGGCCAGCUUUGUAGAUGCAUCGGAGGCCCUUCGGGAUCAGCCGAGACAGCCUAACCUCGCCACGUAUGACUGCUUGACUACUCGGGUCAUCGACGGGGAUUUUCGUCCGGCUUAUCAGGUCUCCGAUGGUUAGUGAUAAUUGAGCAAGACCAUCGGCGAUGC